AUCAGUGUGGAGGGAGGGACAGAAGGCGCCUGCCGAAGGCGCUCUCCCGGUCGCUCUCCGCGGCUCCUCCCGGCGCAGGGCGGGGCGGGCAGGCCGGGCAGCCCGCCCCGCUGCCGUCCUUCGAACAGCGCUGGCGGCAGUGCGCGGGCUCGGCCGGCCAAAUGAAGAGAAAAUGGGAAGAAAGACUGAAGAAAGUGGAAGAACUUGCUUCUCACUAUGAAAGAAACCCUCUUCCUCCAGUUUAUAGACCAAGACUAUCCAAACCCUUUCAGCCAUCCUCUGUUUGGAAAAUAUUUUGCCGGCAGGCUGAAGCUUUUGAGUAUGUAAAAACCUGCAAAGAGGAUGUUCACGUGUUUGCCUUAGAGAAGAACACACAAAGUGGGCAGAGAUUUUACCUUGUGACAACUUAUAAAGAGCUUUGGUUUUACUACACAAAAGGUUACAAAACAAGUCUUAUGCAUUGCUAUGAAGUAAUUCCUGAACAAGAUGCUUGCAAGCUUUAUUUUGAUUUGGAGUUCUACAAACCAGCAAAUCCUGGUGCUGAUGGCAAAAGCAUGGUCGCAAAGUUAAUUGAGCUUGUCAGCCAAAAAUUAAAAGAACUAUAUGAUGUGAAUUGUUCAGCAGAAGAUGUCCUGAAUUUAGAUUCUAGUACUGAUGAAAAGUUUAGUCGACACUUAAUAUUUCUUCCUCAAAAUACUGUAUUUAAGGACAAUAUGCAUGUUGGUAACUUUGUGAGAAGCAUUUUGCAGCCUGCCAUAAUGUUAAUGGAGAGUGAAGCUGCUGCUGCUGCAGUGCCAGAAGGAGCAGGACAUGUUUCCCAGUGUUCUGUAGAAGAAAUUGGAUUAGAUGGUUCUCUUGUUUCCAAAGGUGGGCCAGCCAUUGCUCACCAAACAAAGGAUAUGGAAACAUCACAACAGGGAGAAAAUUUGGAACUUUCCUUUCUAGUAGUAAAUGAUAAAGAAGGCAACAAGCAGCUUUUUGUGGAUCUAGGAGUUUAUACAAGGAAUAGAAAUUUCCGGAUGUAUAAGUCAUCAAAAGCAGGCAAAAAUGUGAUUCUGAAGAUAGCAGAGGAUAAUAAGUUUGUGCCUAACUGUGAAGAUGACGUUUCCUUGGAAGAAGCAUAUUUUCUUUCUUCUUUGAUCUGCAACAUUAGAGAACGGGACAAUACAAAAGUUCUGUCAUCAGGCUUUUCAGAAGAGGAUAGAAAAAUGUCUGCUUUUUUAAACAGUAAAACUACCAGAAGCAGUAAAGAUUCCAUGGAAGGUUACCAGGUUUCACCAUAUCCAGAAAUUGAUUCUUUUGUUCAUUCUUUGGUUAAUAAAGAUGGGGUCCAAGGAGGGAUCCGGCGAUGGAAUUAUUUCUCUCUGGAAGAAAUACUUGUAUAUGACAUUUCUGGUUACCGGUGGUGUGAAAAUAUUGGCAGAGCUCACAAAAGUAACAACAUAAUGAUUCUGGUAGAUCUAAAGAAGGAAGUCUGGUAUCAAAAAUGCCACGAUCCAGUCUGCAGAGAAAAAAACUUCAAAUCACAAAGUUUUCCACUACCACCUAGGAUAUGUCUCCCAUUUCUUUUCAAAGAGGAAGAAGAAUAUACAGUAGUGGAUGGAAGGGGGAACACUGAAGAAGAAAACCUGUGUUCUAAUGUGUCAGGCUUGUCAAAAAGCUCAAUAUCUCUAGAAAAAACCUUGUCUCAGAACUCCCUGUUGUCUGACAGUAAGUGGGACAAUGCAAGUGAUGAUGCCUGUUUCCUAGAAGCUACUGAAGACGUGGAACUAGCUGAAGCUGCAAAUGCUAGUCUGAAUUAUGCCGUUGAAGAAAUUCCUGAUGAAGUUAUUUUGGAAGCUUUAAGGGAACAGAACACUUUCCAUAAAGAAGGCACCUAGCCACAGACCUGGCUAGCAGACACUCUGCUAACAAUGAAGCUUGUGUACUGCAUGCCCUCUGUGAAAGAUGGUGCAAUGCAGUAUAAAAGUGCUCUUCCAGAGCUGUAAGGCAAAGAACAGAGUGACUACUACAAAACAGGUAUCCUCGCAACUCGGUCAUCUUGAACUGGCGCAAAGGGAGGUCAUGAAAGAUGACAAGGGGGCUGAAGAGUACUGGACUAAAACCUCAGCAUGAAUACUUAGCACUUUUAAUGCUGUCUUGCUGUGUAGUUUCUAUUUUGUUAGUUGUAUGCUCAGGUUUUACUGAUAAGUAUAACAGAUUUAUUUACUUCCAGAAAUACGAGGAAAUUAUUUAUUUCAAAUACAAAUAUAAUUAAAAGCUUUAUCUAUUGAA